AUUCUCUAGAAACCGGAGCCCUGCUUAUAGAGUUUCUGUUUAUACACAAAUAGCCAAGUGUGUUCGUACUUCAUACAUAGAUCACAUUUAUAUACAAUAUACACCUUAGAAAAAACUACUGAAGAUAGCGAAAAAUUAGAAAAAUAAAAUAACCAACUCGUCUUCUUCUUGUAGCCUUUUUUUCGUGUACCAACUGUUUCGCUUCCAUGUCUUCUCCACCGGAAAAAGGAUAUGAUGAAAAUAAAGAGGCCCAGAAGCAGAUCAGAAAGCCUGGAGGGUGGAGCUCCAUGCCUUAUAUCUUGGGAAAUGAGACUUUUGAAAGACUAGCGUCUAUAGGGUUGGUAGCAAAUUUCAUGGUCUUUCUACUAACCGUGUUUCACAUGGACCAAGUGCUGGCCUCAAAUGUGCUCAAUGUCUGGUCUGCCUUCUCCAAUUUCAGUCCUUUGAUAGGUGCAUUCAUUUCAGAUUCUUGCUUGGGCAGAUUCAAAACUAUUGCCUAUGCUACAUUUGCCUCCUUUGCGGGCAUGCUGACGUUGACCCUAAUCGCGUGGAUUCCCCAACUUCACCCUCCCCCGUGCAAGGCCCAUUCCCAGCAAUGCUUGGGCCCAAACGGGGCCCAAUUCGGGAUCCUUGCAAUGGCCCUGGGCUUCCUGUCCAUCGGCACAGGCGGCAUCCGGCCCUGCAGCCUCCCUUUCGGGGUGGACCAGUUCGACUCGUCCACGGAGGAAGGGCGGCGUGGCAUCACGAGCUUCUUCAAUUGGUACUACACUUCCUUCACCGUGGUCCUCAUAAUUGCCCUCACGCUCGUGGUCUACAUUCAGGACGCGGUCAGUUGGGUGUGGGGCUUCGGAAUCCCCACGGCCCUAAUGCUCUGCUCCAUAGUGCUCUUCUUCGUGGGGACCAGGCUGUACGUCUAUGUGCACCCCGAGGGAAGCUGCUUCACGGGGGUGGCACGUGUCAUUGUAGCCUCAAUCAAGAAACGCAAGCUUAAGCUUCCAGAGGAUGAUGGGGCGUAUCACGACCCCUUGUUGCCUUCCACCACCAUUGUGAGGAAGCUCCCGUUGACCAGUCAAUUCAGGUUCUUCAACAAAGCUGCGGUAAUAACCGACGGCGAGAUUUCACCGGACGACGGUUCAAUCACCCACCCCUGGAGACUCUGCACCGUGCAACAAGUGGAAGAAACCAAAUGCCUCUUCCGCGUCAUCCCAAUAUGGGCCUCGGGCAUCAUCUGCUUCAUGGCCAUGGCCCAACAAGGCACAUUCACAAUCUCCCAAGCCCGACAAAUGAACCGCCACCUGGGCCCAAACUUCCAAAUCCCCGCUGGCAGCCUCUCCGUCAUAUCAUACAUCACAAUCGGGCUAUGGCUCCCAUUCUACGACCGCGUGCUCGUCCCUUACCUCCGAAAAGCCACCAAAAUCGAGGGCGGGAUCACUUUGCUCCAGCGCAUGGGGGUCGGGAUGGUGUUCUCGAUAGCGUCAAUGGUAGUCGCGGGGCUGGUCGAGCGUGUCCGCAGGGCGUCGGCCGUGCAGCACGCGGGGCCCGACGGCGUGGCGCCAAUCACGGUCCUAUGGCUGGCCCCGCAGCUGAUGCUGAUGGGUUUUGCAGAGGCGUUCAAUAUUAUUGGGCAGAUCGAGUUUUACAACAAGGAGUUUCCGGAGAGCAUGAGUAGUUUGGCGAAUUCGCUUUUCUCGUGCACUAUGGCUGGGGCGAACUACCUGAGCGCGAUUUUGGUGAAUGUGGUGCACGAGACGACGGGGGGACACGGCCGGCCAGACUGGUUGACUAAUGAUAUUAACAGGGGAAGGGUCGAGAAUUUGUACUUUCUGAUUGCGGGGAUGGGUGUGGUGAAUUUGGGAUAUUUUCUGUGGGUGUCACGUGGGUAUCGGUAUAAGACUGUGUUUCGGGUGGAGGAUGAGGGUGGCGAUGAUGUUGAGCUUAGUGUGCUUAAAAAGUGAAAUUAAUUGGGUCAUGAUGACUUUGCGUUUUUUUAUUAAUCCAUUUUCAGCUUGCGUCACCAUAUGUAGUUUGGGAAUGGAAUAUAGUAGUCGUAAUUAAGGUAGCAGUGAGAUUGAGAUAUAUGUGUUGAGUUGUUACCAUAGUCAGAAUAAAUAUUUGCUCUCAUCGUGGAGAAUAGCGUUGCUUUGUCCUGAUUAUUUGUCCUAUGGUGAAAACUUAUCUUGGGGCAUUAUGUAAUUUUUGCCCUUUUCCGAACUCGUACUUUGCACCUUGAGCAUAAGGUGGAGUUCAUGGCAAGUCUGAUACCAUUCCGUCAAAUUUUUUCAUAUUCUUAUUUAUUAAAAUAAUAAAAA